AUGGAGCGUGAUGAUUUUCGAAAUCAAAAAAUUCAGGAAUUUGUAAUUCGCGUUCGUACUAUCCCCUAUGGUGCUAUGUUGGAAAAAAACGACGCAACUAAAAUUGCUAAACUUUUCCUUCGUGCCCGGAAGUUUGAUGUUACUAGGGCACUCGAGUUGUACAAAUCGUAUAAACAUGUUCGCUACAGCAACCAAUUGGAAGCCAUCGAUCCCUUAGAAGAAGGUGUUAGACGGGAACUUUUGUCCGAAAAAUUUACCGUUUUGUCGCAUUCCUCAAGCAUUGAUCCAACGGUGAUGGUGUUUACAGUUCGCCGACACUGGCCACCCAAUUGCACGGACAGGGACGUGCUCAAAGGCAUUAUCUACCAAUUGGACGCAGCGCUUCUUGAUGAACAAACACAGGAACAGGGUGUGACCGUGAUCUACGAUAUGACUGAUGCCAAAUACUCAAACUUUGGCGCCGAUCUCUCCAUGAAAUUGCUCAAUCUCCUCACCGUAAGUGAUUGUGCUUGUUUCACUAGUUUAACCUUCGUCUGCCUCUUCGUCUCCACAACCUAUCAGUUGGUUCUCUGA